AUGGCGUUGAGGAAGGAUGUGAAACGCGCUUUUGGAAUUUUGAAGAGGAAGUUCACUAUCAUUUGUUGGGAAUAUCGUGGGUUGAGUCCUCGUGAAAUGCACAAGACUAUGCUCACUUGCAUAAUUCUCCACAACAUGGUAAUUCAUGAAACCCGUCGCGAUAAGGAGUGGACUAACCAUGAAAAUGAAGAUCUGAGGCCUGAGAUUCAACCACAAAGAGGCUUGCCUGUAAGAAAUUAUGGGAAAAUGACUAAUUACAUUCAGAACCAGAAUUCGUAUAACCAAUUAAAAGAAGAUCUGAGAGUCAAUCUUUUGGCAGAGUAUGGAAGAGCGGGUGGGCGUAAUUAUUAA